AUGGAUUCAGAUUUCAUCCCUACAGAACUUAUCCUCGAGAUUUUGUUGAGAUUGCCUGCAAAGUCGAUCGUUAGGUUUCAUUGCGUGUCGAAGCUAUGGAGUUCAAUGCUUCGUAGUCCAUAUUUCACUGACUUGUUCCUGACCAGGUCCUUGGCUCAGCCGCGGCUCAUAUUAGCCAUCGAAAAUAAUGGUGUUUGGAGCAUCUUCUCGUUGCCUCAGAGUCCUUAUGAGAAGUCUUCAUCGUCGUCCCUUGUAGUAACUGCUGAAUUUCAUCAAAAGUUCCCCACAUAUCGUCGUACUGACCGACAAUUUUCUUGUGGCUAUGUCGGGGGUUUGAUGUAUUUGUUUGGUAUGAGGGUUAAGCCGAGGGAUUACGAUGGAGUGCCUGUGAUAUUUAACCCUAAAACGGGAAGGUAUGCAACCUUACCUAUUCUGUAUAGGUACAGAAGGACGUAUAGCUUUUUGGGAUUUGAUCCUAUUGACAAGCAGUACAAGGUAUUGUUCAUGUCUUACCCAUUUUGUUAUGAUCACCAUAAAAUUCUGACAGUAGGAAGUGGAGAAAUGAGUUGGAGAAGGAUAAAAUGUUCCUUAACACAUGAGAAUGUGAGCGAAGGGAUAUGCAUCAAUGGGGUUUUGUAUUACUUAGGUGACACGUCUGAGGAUUUACGUGAAUUUGUGAUAGUUUGCUUUGAUGUUAGGUCUGAAAAAUUCGAGUUUAUUUACCCGGAAAGCUUUUGUGAAUUGGUAAACUAUAUGGGAAAGUUAGGUUUGGUUUAUUAUAAUGCCUAUGCUGAUGACACCGUCGAGUUGCGUGUGUGUGAAAUCGUUUUGUCGAUGGCUGAUUAUAAAUCUAGACAACCAUUUUAUAUUUUCUACUUCAAUCCCGAAAAGAACGUUCUCCAACGUGUUGAAAUACAAGGUUUUGGAGAAUACCAUGAGGCAGUCGACAAUCUUAGUAGAGUCCACGUCUUUGUAGACGAUUCUAGUAGGUUUUACGCCUUUGCAGACUAUGUAGAAGAUCUUAAUGUUAACGAUUCAAAGCUACUCAGGUCAGAAAUCUAUGAAGGCAGUUCAGCGAUUGUUAUAAAGCAACCAAAGAGAUCAGAGGCAACCCUUCUCUCCUCUGGUUAG